AUGGCCACCAACAACAACGACGUUGUAAUAGCUCCCUUCGAGACUGAGCAGGAUUUCAAGCAAGGGCAACAUUGUCUUUCUGAGGCGUUCGGUCGUCAGGCACAAGAUGCUGUGUGGAAGCUGAUGACACCGGGCUGGGACACAGAGGAAGGACAGACGAAGCACGCUCAGACCCUGAUGAAGCGAUGGCAAUCCACCACCACCAACAAAGACGGACAACCCAACGCCCUUUACCUCAAGGCCACGCUCCCUGAUCCAGACAAGCAGGGCGAAAGACGAGUUGUUGGCAUGGCCAUUUGGAAGCAGCUGUCGUUCGUAGAAGGUUAUGGCGAUCCGUUCUCCAGUGACAUGAGUGCAGCUCUUGCAGAUUAUGACGAAAAGAACCAGCGCUUUGCAACACAAAUGUUCAACUCGUUGUGGAAACGACGUAUCGCGUACAUGCACGAGGUGGAGAAAUCAGGCCGCAACCCUCCCGCUAUCUUCACCUUGGACAUCUGCGCUGUUGACCCAGCAUAUUCGCGUCGCGGCAUUGCUACUAAGCUGGUAGAAGCUGGCCUUGCGGAGGCAAAGAAGAGGGGCAACUUGGAGUGCACAACAGAGGGAAGCGCUAUGGGAAGAGCCGUUUACAGGAGGCUAGGAUUCAAAGAUGAGGGUACAGGAGACAUCCAGUGGGAGGUGGAUGAGGAAUUCAAGACCUGGGACAAGCCACCGAACGUCUUCUUGAGGACUGGUGCCUGA